AUGCAGCAUCGCACAACACAGCCAUAUUCAUCAGUUGCGCCGUUGCAUCACAUUCCGCAACAAUCGCAGACGAGGACGUUGAGCGGAAGUCAGAGCACCCAGCAACCUUAUCCGUCCCCGAACCUCUACACCCCUCAACCCACUCUCCAGUCGCCGUUUCUCAAUAGCCAGGCGCAAUUCCAAGCGCAACCCGCAACCACUGAUCCACCCAACUUCUACCCUCCGACGCAAAGUCCACGAAGCCAGCACAGCGGUGCUGGAACCUAUUUCCCCCCUGAAAAAUCCGAUUCUAUGGCAGCAACCGCGACCAUGCAGAGGCCAUACCCUCCAAUUUAUCACACCCCCCAAUCCAACUCUCCAGCUUCCGUCACCUCCCCUCAGACCCACGACCCUGUAAGGCCCAUGUAUGCUCAACCAGGCUCUCAAUUGAGCCAGCCACUGUAUGGAUAUCAGUAUGGUAUGAAUUCGGUACCCCAGUCAUACGGACAACAUCAUGCAACUCCUCAGCAACAUCCAAUUAACUCCCAGUCGAUGCUACCGUAUCAAUCUACCAAUUCGCAACUUGCGGGCCCACAAGUUGCCUCACAUCAUUCCACCAUUUCCAGCAGUCCAAGACUGAAGUCGGAGCCAACCCAGCAUUAUCAGCAAACCCCACAAGCGCGAGCGGGAAUGCUUCAACAGCAGCAACAUCCAACCCCGGCACCCCAGCCCUCGCCCCUACCACAACAACAAGCACAACAGCAACCUACACAUCAGCAGCAACAGCAACAGCAGCAGCAGCAGCAGCAAAUGUCACAGCAACAGCAGGCACAACCGCAGCAGCAGCCACCACCACCGCAACAACAACAACCUCCAACGCAACAAAUGCCGCCAAAUCUACAACCGAACUCGAACGCUGCCCCCGGACCUAUUCCUGCCACAACUCCUCUAAAGGUGCGGCAGGACGGGAAUGGUGUACAGUGGAUAGCUUUCGAGUACUCAAGAGACCGCGUAAAGAUGGAGUAUACCAUCAGGUGUGACGUUGACUCGGUGGAUGCUACUAUUUUGUCGCAAGAAUUCAAGUCUGAAAAUUGCGUCUACCCACGAGCUUGUGUGCCGAAAGAACAGUAUAAAGGGAACCGCCUGAACUAUGAAACAGAAUGCAACAAUGUGGGUUGGGCACUCGCAGAGUUGAACCCAUGUCUUCGAGGCAAGAGAGGCCUGAUCCAAAGGGCGGUGGACAGCUGGAGAAACAGCAAUCAAGACCCGCGCUUGCGAAGUCGUCGUGUCCGGCGACAAGCCAAGAUGAACAGGUCCAAGAUGACACCCUCGUCCAUGGGGAAGCCACCUGGGUCGGGCGGUCCCGUGUCGACAGGGCUUCCCGGUCCAAACUCAAUGGCAGCUCCCCCAACCAGGCCCCCUGGUGCUCUACCCGGCACACAGUCUCAGAUACUCCAUCACGCCCAGGAUGUGUCUCCUACCGGGCAUGAUAAUGUUGGAGCUCCCACCUAUAAUCCCGCACAACAGGCGUAUCGACAAAAUCCCGUAACUCCACAAAUGGCGAGUCCCAACGACUUGCGUCAAAGUCAUGUUUUCGCAGGUUAUCCAAGCUAUCCAGCCUCGCUGGCUCCUUCUCUGGGACCAUCUAUGGCACCAUCAAUGCAGGGAGGUCUCCACCAUCUCGGACGACCGGGCGGGACGGCUGCCAUGGUUUCGAAAGAACAAGAGGAGAAGAAUGAGGAAGACAAUGCCUUAUUCGGAGAGCUGCCUGAAGGCAAAAGACGAAAGUUUAUUCUGGUGGAGGAUACGCAGAAAAAUGCCCGUGUGCGAGUCAAGGUUACUCUGGAUCAAAUCGAGAUGAGUGAGAUUCCGGAUUCUUACCGCAAGCGGAACGCUGUUUUCCCUCGUGCAUACUUCCCGGUUCAGAUGCAGACUGGUGCCGAGUCGAUUCCGGGGGCACGUUUCGUCGAAGAAGGGGACGAAGUCGACGGCGGUGUGCCGACGAUUGGGAAAACAUCUGUUUCGGUCCCGGCCACGGAUGGCGAAGCUGAGGUGUCUGUUCCUCUCAUCUCUCGGAGCAAAAGAGACCGGGAAGAGAAGAUCAAUGAACUCGGGUAUCGCAUGGCUUGGGGACAGGGUCGAGUGUUUUCAAGCAGACCAAUCUUCCUUGCUCGAGCCCUCGACGCCUACCGCAGCAAGCAACGAAGUGCACUCCUCGCAUCCGGUUCCGAUCCAUCACAUAUCCCAGCUCACCUCGAACCUCGACCUGGCAAGCGGCGAUGGCUUGAACGAACCAGAGCCACUACGCAAGCACCGACACCGCCAGCCCCGACCUCGGACUAA